AUGAAUGCGUCCACGCACAUGUCACCAGGGCUGUGGCGACUUCCCAAUGGGCAAGCGUCCAACAAUGAUCUGAGCUACUGGGUCGAGUUGGCGAAGCUUUUGGAGAGCGGCAACUUUGACGGCAUCUUUAUCGCAGACACAUUGGGGCUGUAUGAUUUGUACAAAGGGCCAGAAAACAUCGGGCCUGCGCUGCAAUCCGGCGCCCAGGUGCCAUACUCUGAUCCCAGUGUGAUUAUCUCGGCAAUGGCUUAUGCCACUCAAUCUAUUGCGUUCGGCGUCACCGCCUCCGUGACUUAUGAGAACCCCUUCAUCCUCGCACGGAGGUAUUCGACGCUGGACCACGUCACCCGAGGACGCAUUGGCUGGAACGUGGUCACCAGCCACUUGGCCAGCGCCGCCCGAAACUGUGGCCUCAAGGAGGAGAUCCCGCACGACGAGCGCUAUGUGCGAGCCGAAGAGUUCAUGGACGCCGUCUACAAGCUCUGGGAAGGAAGUUGGCGGGAUGACGCUCUGGUCCGCGACGCCAAACGGGGAGUCUACAUCGAACCGGACCGCGUGCGAGCCAUCAAUCAUGAAGGGAAAUACUUCAGUGUAGCCGGCCCGAAUGCAGUGGAUCCGACACCGCAAAGAACUCCAUUUCUGUUCCAAGCUGGAGCUUCGAGCGCGGGGAAGCUCUUCGCCACCAAGCAUGCCGAAGUGAUGUUUCUCCCUGGCAUGAGUCCGGAAAACGUGCGGAAAAUCGCGGACGACAUCAGACACCAAGCUACGCUUCAGGGCCGAGAUCGAGACAGUAUCAAGCUGCUCGCCGGUAUGCUCGUCAUUGUUGACGAAACGGACGAAAAGGCACAGCAAAAAUACAACGACUUCCUGGAGGCCUCGGACCUCGACGGCGUCGCCACCCUUCUCGGAGGCUGGACCGGUGUGGAUCUGUCCGCUUUGGCCGACGAUGAGGAUUUCCACUUCACGGGGCCUGGAGCGGUACAAAGCUUGGUCAAGACGUGGUCUGCCACCGUCCCAGGCAGCGACAACGUGAAGUGGACGAAGCGAAGGGUGCUGCAAGAGCUUGCAAUGGCCGGUGCGCACCCGAGAGUGGUGGGCGGGCCGCAAACGGUGGCGGACCAGCUACAACGCUGGAUCGAGGUCGCGGAUAUCGACGGCUUCAACUUCAGCCACGCUGUGAGUCCGGGCACAUUCGAGGACAUGGUCAAGUACCUGUGGCCGGAGUUGAGGCGGCGAGGCGUCAUCAAAGAGGAGUACAAGGUCGUGGGAGGCGCCGCCAGAGAAAACUACCUCGAGGAUGGAUUGGGUCCGAGGUUGAGAAGAAAUCACCCCGGAGCGGCCUAUACGUGGCGUAAGCCAGAGGAAGCGUAA